AAGAUCACCUCCUUCAAUAUCCUAUCUAUAUAUCUACUCACACACACACACACACACACAGAUCUGGUUUUGUUACUUUUUCAAUAUAAUUCAGAAUCUGCCCCACAAAAAUGAAUACCAACCAGAAUACUCAUCCCUCCUUCACCAACAGCAGUGUUAACAUUAGUAAUAAUCAUCCAACUUGGAAUAUGAAUCUUGAGCAUAUGGGUUCUGCUUGGCUUCCUCUUCAAACCCCAAUAUCUACCUCUUCAUCUUCUGGUUUUCUCAUCAGUGACAUGUUUGGCAUCAACUUGGGAAGAGAAGGAGAAGGAGAGGAGGAGGAGGAGGAGGAAGAAGAGCUUGGAGCCAUGAAGGAGAUGAUGUACAAGAUCGCCGCUUUGCAGCCAGUCGAGAUCGAUCCCUCCACCAUUCGGAAACCUAAGCGGCGGAACGUCCGGAUCAGUGACGACCCACAGAGUGUCGCCGCCCGACACCGCCGUGAGAGGAUCAGCGAGAAAAUCCGAAUCCUGCAGAGACUCGUCCCCGGAGGAAUCAAGCUCGACACCGCGUCCAUGCUCGACGAAGCCAUUCGCUACGUCAAAUUCUUGAAGAGACAAAUCAGGUUCCUCCAAUCUCCACCACACCAACACUGCACGAUCACCACCGGUAACAACACCUCUCUCGCCGAUUGGCCUUACACACCAAACACGCCCUACACCGCUGCCACCGGAACGGUGUUCAACGCCGGUGAUAGCUCCUCCGGGUUUAACCAUGAGGUAAUUAGUGAAUGACUACUAGAGUAUUAUGUUGAUUACUGUAUAAGUAUGUCAGGGGAGAAAAUAAAAG